CAAUUACCCAUCACCUCCCUAUCAAACACCCAUAUUCUUCCUUUACCCUAUCUCUCAAAUAAAAAAUGGCUUCUUGUGAUCCAAAAGGAGAUGUUGUCUUGACGAUGUUUGCUCGAACAAAAAAAAAUUUAGAGGAAUUCGGGGAGAUUUUUAAGAAAGUUGACCACAUAAAUAAAGGAACAGAAUUUGAUGUUGGUUUUGCUCAAAGAAUAGAGAAAAUCGAUAAGAAUGUUAAGGAAGCUAGCCAAUAUUAUUCUUAUUUGGAGAAAGAAAAAGCAGCAGAUGAUACCUUUGUGAGUGAUGAAGUAAUGGAAAUGGUUAAGGAUCUUGAUAGCGUGAGUAUUGGUCUGAACAACCUCUUAAAACAAGAGUGGAACUCAUCUCCAUCCAUGAUGAUUUGAUAACUCCAAACCAGAGAAUAAAAAUUAAUUGUCAUU